CAAGGAUUUUUUGGGGGGUCCAGGAGGCCUCAGGGGGUUUUGGGGUGCCCUCCUUGACCCCCCUGUGCCCCCCAAGUCCUCUCAGGGUGGGGGACACCGGACGCUGCUCUAUGGCCACGCCAUCCUGCUGCGACACUCCCACAGCGGCAUGUACCUGAGCUGCCUGACCACCUCGCGCUCGGUCACCGACAAGCUGGCCUUCGACGUGGGGCUGCAGAAGGACGCGGCAGGUGAGGCGUGCUGGUGGACGAUGCACCCGGCGUCCAAGCAGCGCUCGGAGGGGGAGAAGGUUCGGGUGGGAGACGACCUGAUCCUGGUCAGCGUGUCCUCGGAGAGAUACCUGCACCUCUCCACGGCGUCCGGGGAGCUGCAGGUGGACGCGUCCUUCAUGCAGACCCUGUGGAACAUGAACCCCAUCUGCUCGGGCUCCGAGGAAGGAUUUGUCACCGGCGGCCACGUGCUGCGCCUGUUCCACGGGCACAUGGACGAGUGCCUGACGCCCACGGCCCCCGAGCAGGGCGAGGAGCGCAGCGUUGUCAACUACGAGGGGGGUGCCGUGUGCGGCCACGCGCGGUCCCUGUGGCGCCUGGAGCCCCUGCGCAUCAGCUGGAGCGGGAGCCACCUGCGUUGGGGACAGCCCUUCCGCCUGCGCCACGUCACCACGGGCCGCUACCUGGCGCUGACCGAGGCCAGCGGGCUGGCCAUGGUGGAGGCCAGCGCGGCCAACACGCGCGUGGCCACCUUCUGCUUCCGGGCCUCCAAGGUGGGACUGUCACCUGGAUGUCCCCAGCCUGUCCCCAUCCCUGUCCCCAACCUGCUCCUGGUCCCUCUCCCCAUCCCUGUCCUCAUCCCUGUCCCCACAGUGACCGUGGCCACCUUCUGCUUCCGGGCCUCCAAGGUGGGGCUGUCACCUGGAUGUCCCCAGACUGUCCCCAUCCCUGUCCCCAACCUGCUCCUGGUCCCUGUCCCCAGCCCUGUCCCCAUCCCCGUCCCCACCGUGAGCGUGGCCACCUUCUGCUUCCAGGCCUCCAAGGUGGGACUGUCACCUGGAUGCCUCCAAGAACCUCCUGGGCGUUCUGGGGGGUGCCAUGGGGAUAUCCCAGUGGGUCUGGGGGUGUCAUUAGGGUGGUCCUGGUGGUCUGACCCCCCCCCCAGGAGCCUGGACAGCCUCCAGGGCCGGCCCCGGGGGUCGCCGCCGCCCCCCCUGCCCAUCGCGGGGGUCAUCCUGAGCCUGCAGGACCUGAUCGGGUACCUGGAGCCGCCGCCCCCCGAGCUGCGGCACGAGCAGCGCCAGGGCCGCCUGCGGGCGCUGCGGGCCCGCCAGAGCCUCUUCCAGCAGGAGGGCAUGCUGACCCUGGUGCCGGUCUGGGGGUCCCAGGAAGCUGGGGGUGCCUCAGGGAGCCUGGACAGCCUCCAGGGCCGGCCCCGGGGGUCGCCGCCGCCCCCCCUGCCCAUCGCGGGGGUCAUCCUGAGCCUGCAGGACCUGAUCGGGUACCUGGAGCCGCCGCCCCCCGAGCUGCGGCACGAGCAGCGCCAGGGCCGCCUGCGGGCGCUGCGGGCCCGCCAGAGCCUCUUCCAGCAGGAG